AUGCUCCGUUCACCCUCCCCCACCGGCGGCCCUGAGCUCGCACCAAACGUCUCCAACCUCUCCGCACUGGAGAACCCUAGCCGCUUGCCACCGGCGGCUGAAGGACCACUGCCGAGCCCCGAACAACCACCGGCCGACUCCGACAUCCUUCCUCAAACGAAUCCCGCGGCCUCCUCCCGUCGCAGUACGAACCCUAGCCGCGGCUCAGCGAUGGAGGCUGUGAUGGAGUGUCACGGCUUCGCUCUCUUUCCUUGCUCUGGUCGGUGUUCAGCUCGCGCGGGAUGCUCCCCAUGGAGAAAUUUGUCCGUUGAAGCUGUUGAAAGUGCACCUCAGCAUACAUCUUCAUCCUACUCCUGCUGCCGUUUACACACCACAUUCGGAAAAUCGAGCUGGAAUAUCGUGCUCAACUCGUUGUACUACCCUGUACCGAUUGGGCUGGCCCUCUACUCGGAGGAUGGCUGGGAACUGGUCAUGGUCAACCUCAUUUUCCUCCACAUUAUGGCUUUAGUUAAUUCGGCUGUGAUAUCUAUCAAACAUUUCGACAUGGCUAAUAUCGGUCUCACAGUUGUCCUGAACCCGUUGCUAUUUGUCGCCGACAAGCACGAAAAGUCAGGGAUGGCCUUGCGAUUGAUAAAUGCAUAUUACUUCUUUUAUUCAAAGCAAUGGGUCGAGUUUGUUCGGGAUUUUGUGGCCAAACUGAAGGUGCCCGAGUUUCCUGAGGUUGUGUGGCGGGUCAGGGAUGUCUUGGCUGAUGUCUGGGGCAGGAUGCCGAACUUUUUCCAUGGUGGGUGGCGUGUCUCGAGGGACUACUUGCGUCCCGCGUAUCGAGAAUCAGUAGCCCGGCACAAGAAAAGGUUCCGGAGGUCAGGCCCCGAGCAAGCAGCUGAGUUGACAGAUGUUUGUCGGCCCAAG